AGCUGAUUACUACUCAUUACCCUCCAAAUUCCUGAAUAAAUAAAAAAUAAUUUGUGAGAAAAUUGCAAAAGUACAGUUACGACCGUCCGUUGAUGAUGAGUUCAUCCACAACCUUGAGCUUCUCUCACCUUACUCCCUCCACUUCAAUUUCUUCACUUGAAUUCAAAUUGAAUUUCACCUCCGUUUCACAACGGUCCUCUCGCCCAACCCCAACCGUUGAAUCUCGCGCCAAGCCCCUCGCCGCUUCUUCUUCUUCUUCUUCUUCUUCUUCCUGCAUCAACGACGGUUCAGGGCAAAAUCUAUUUUACGCAACGACUAGGAGAAAAGGACUGACCUUUAUCGCCAGUGUGCCAUUUGUUCUUCCUCUGCACGAAUUUGUGGACAAUUUUGGUGCUAAGGCAGCAGUGCCAGGUUUGAGUGACUAUGUGGCUGUAAAGGAAGAGAUAAGGAAGGUGGUAUCCAAGGGAAAGGCUGCGGGUGUACUUCGUCUAGUAUUUCAUGAUGCGGGAACGUUUGAAAAAGGUGACAAUUCAGGUGGUAUGAAUGGUUCUAUACGUUAUGAACUUGAAAGACCCGAAAAUGCAGGCCUUAAAAAAUCUUUGAAGAUUCUAGAGAAAGCAAAGAAAGAGAUGGAUGCAAUACAACCAGUAUCAUGGGCUGACAUGAUUGCUUUGGGUGGAGCUGAAGCGGUUUCAGUUUGUGGAGGUCCUGCAAUCCCUGUUCCAUUAGGCAGACUGGAUUCUUUGGAGCCUGAUCCUGAAGGGAAACUACCUGAAGAAUCUCUUGAUGCUUCUGGUUUGAAGCAAUGCUUUCAAAGAAAGGGCUUCUCAACACAGGAGUUGGUUGCUUUGUCUGGAGCCCACACUCUUGGGAGUAAAGGCUUUGGAAACCCAACUGUUUUUGAUAAUUCGUACUUCAAAAUCCUUUUGGAGAAACCUUGGAAAUCUUCAACUGGUAUGGCAAGCAUGAUUGGGCUUCCUUCAGACCAUGCCAUUGUUGAGGACGACGAAUGCUUAAGAUGGAUCACGAAAUAUGCAGACGAUCAGAGUACAUUCUUCCAAGAUUUCAAAAAUGCUUAUAUUAAACUGGUAAAUUCCGGUGCAAGAUGGAAACAAUUAUGAUGAUCUUUGGCAAUAUACCUUGCUAUCUUCCCUUGAUUUAUCAUUUUUGACCCAGUUUUCUUGAUUAAUCAUGAUAUAGUUAUAUUUGCGUAAAUAUAAUUUUGUAGGUAAGGAUGGAUUUCCUUCAUAGCAUUCAAAUUGAUUACCUUAAGAAUGAAAACUCCUGUGGGACUUAAGUGAAUCUAAAUCCCAUAUUUUAGGACAAAAGUCACAAAACAAUGAUUAUGUCCAAAUUUUUCCUGGCUUUGGGUCAAAACAAGGCCCCCUCUGUCUUUUUAAUCGUCCAUCGUCCGGGGACUAACUGGGAUUACGUAGAAGACAAGGUUUGCUGGUCCGGACUGGAAAAAUCAUUUCCAAUGUGAUGACUUUGUCCAAGUUUCUGCAUGUGGUAAUCAUUUCCUAUUUUCAUUGUUUUCCCAGAAAAUUAGUGCUACUUAGAAUCUAGAAAGGAAAAAGGGUAAAAAAUUCUGACACCAUUC